GCAAGACCGGUGCGUGUAGUGACCGGAAAGCGCCACAGAUUGAGACUGCCACCUCCGAGUUUACACCUUUCCGUAACCCUGCCCCAACCCCGCGUUGGCCGUCUGCGUAUCGCUAUCGCGACAUUGGAUACCAGCCAUCGUUUUCUCUACAAACAGGUGAGCUGAGGCGCGAGAUCAUUGAGGGUACAGGAAAGGGCUCGACAUGUCGUCAACUUCGGAGCCCCCUCAAACAACAUUUCUGGACCUGGAGAUAUUGGAAUCCAACCCUGACCCGAUAUUUGUGGUCAAAAUUGGUCAGGAUGUCCUCGAGUUCGCUAUCAUUUUCUGUAACGAAGCUUUCCGACGCGAAGGUUUCAAAGAACGCGUUGAGGAGCAGAACCGAACAGCAUUACUUUUCAGAUCCUGGUCGCAAGCUUUAGGGGACUAUAGGCCACAAUAUGAAUUUGACAAAAAGAGAUGGUUUUCGCAGGAAGCGGGGAAAAACCGAAGGUGGAAGGUCAUAAGAGCUGCGGAAGUUUUAUUGAAAGAAGAUGUCAAACAAGAUGUUACUACAUCAGAAUUCGAGAGAGAGGCGGUCAUCAAGUCGAACAUUGGUAACUGGAAUCGCGUUUACCAACGUUCGAAAGAUGAUAUGCUGCGAGACAUGAAGACCAACAAGUCGGUGUUAGCGGACACUCUGCCUCGCACUAAUCUGACAGCACGUUGGGAGGGGCUUCAGACCAUGAUGGAGAUGUCAGAUGUGGGAGUGUUUGAGUACAACACGGAGGGAAAGUUGGUCCACGCCAACGAGGCAUGGUACCGACUCUCGUCACAUCCGCGGAAUGUACCAGCCCACGUCGACUUCUUAUUUAUGGACCUUGUAUAUCCUGAAGACCAGGCCCUUGUCAUGUCCAUGUGGAAUACCCUGGCUUCCGGCAACCCCGUCACGUUCGAGAUGAGAUGGAAAGGAGCUCCAGGCUCAGAUGACCUAGCGCAGUGGGUUCUCUCAGCGUGCGUACCGGUUUUCGACGAUGAAGGAAAUCUGAUCAGUAUCGCUGGAAACACAAUCGAUAUCAUGGCGCAGAAAAAGUCACAAGAAAUUGCGCAGACACGUGUAGAGGCGCUUGAGCAAGCACGCUUGUCAGAGCAGAAGUUUGCAAGGUUUGCGCAGCUCUCUCCCAUAGCCAUCUACAUUUUCGUCCCCGAACAAGGCAUGAACUAUGUCAACGAUCAAUUCUUCGAAUUGACAGGCCACCCACGCCGGCCCCUCAACGAGUUUGAGUGGUUUGGUCUAGUCGCAGAUGAGGACCUAAAGAUGGUGGAAGACGAUUGGUCGCAGAUGCUGGCGGGCAAGAAGUCAGAUGGCGUGCAGUUCCGACUUAAGAAAACCUGGGUCAAUCAGGAUGGCAUCGUCUCGAAUACUUGGGUGCAAAGCUCAAAUCACCCUGAGCUCGACGAGAAAGGGAAUGUCAUCAGUAUUUUGGGCACUUUGUUCGACAUCUCGCAAUUUAAAUGGGCAGAAACAGUCCAAAGACAGAGAACAGAAGAAGCCUUGGAAGCAAAACGACAACAAGAGAACUUCAUCGAUAUGACAUCUCACGAGCUUCGGAACCCGUUGUCCGCCAUAGUACAAUGUGCGGAUUCAGUUAUAGCAUCGUUACAAGGACUGCUACUUCAUGAUGUAAAGACUCCAAUCGGCGACAUGGACUUGAAGAAGAUACGGGAAGAGGUUGUGACAAGUAUCGACUCGUUGCAAACCAUUGUAUCGUGCUCGUUGCACCAGAAGCGCGUUAUCGACGACGUCCUCACGUUGUCAAAGUUGGACUCGAAUCUCAUCCUGAUCACGCCUGUGCGUGUGCAGUCUGCUGUGGUUGUGUCCGAAGCACUGAAGAUGUUCGAUGUCGAGUGCAGUCAAAUGGACAUCAAGCUAGAAUUUCGAAAGGACCCGACAUUUGAAGGAUACGAUUGGGUUAUGUUGGACCCAUCUCGACUGCUUCAAGUUUUGAUCAACCUUCUUACGAACGCUAUCAAAUUCACCAAAGACCGGCCAAUUCGCAAGAUUACAGUUACGUUAGGUGCCUCUCUGACACGCCCACCAAAAGUCUGGGACGCAAUCACCUUCACUCAUGCCGGAGACCAACCGAAAGACUUGACCGCCGGUCCUGAAUGGGGUGAUGGAGAGCUAGCUUAUCUUUGGCUGAAAGUAGAAGAUACAGGCUGUGGAAUGACCUACGACGAGCAGAACAGGCUGUUCUCGAGAUUCACCCAGGCCACUCCUCGUACGCAUGUGAAGUACGGUGGUUCCGGACUGGGCUUAUUUAUCUCCAAAUCUCUUGCAUCUCUCCAAGGUGGUGCAAUCGGUGUUUCCUCCAACCCAGACAUUGGCUCUACGUUCGCUUUCUUUGUCAGCACACGCAAGGCUAAGCCCCCUAUUGGCCAAUCGUUGCAGACCCGACUAGACCCGCAACGCACCGAGUCCACUGAGCAAGCCAUGAGGAAGGUGAAGCUCAAUAUACUAAUUGUAGAAGACAAUCUCGUCAACCAAAAAGUGCUCAAGAAGCAGCUGGCCAAGUUUGGUUGGAACAUCAGCGUCGCUGGCGACGGUCAAAAAGCCCUGGACUGGCUCAAGGGCAGCGUGUACUGGCGGGGCACGCCAAGAAACAACCACGACAGUAUUGCAGGACAGGAGGAAAAGGAGUAUUUUGCAAAGCCGACCACAUACGAUGUCGACAUCAUACUUAUGGAUAUUGAAAUGCCCAUCAUGGAUGGGCUCACAUGUGCUCAGAGGAUUCGCAAAUACGAAGCACAGGGCUUACUGGCGCCUCCGCAAAGGAGACCUUCGGUGCUCUCGAGACAGCUCACGACAUCGUCUGUCCGCCCUAUAUCGUCUUUCCAUGAGCCCAACAUAUCGAAACCAUCUUCGCCGCCGAAAGCCCACACAAGAUUACCCAUUCUAGCUGUCAGUGCCAAUGCGCGGAUGGAGCAAGUGGAACAGGCUCUGGCGUCGGGCAUGGACGAUGCAAUUUCCAAGCCUUUUAGGAUACCAGAACUAUGGCCAAAGCUUUCGACGCUGAUCCAGAGGAUCAGCGAAGAAAGCCCAGACGUAAAGUGA